AUGAGUGGAGAAAUAAAUACAACAUCACAUCGUCAAGAUCUUGGUGGUCACGGUGAACAAAAUAAUUUUAUCUUAUUAUAGAUUAAUGGCAAAUAAAAUGUUAUCUUAAGAACCUAACCAACCUGGGAACGAAGACGAGGUUGGAACUCAACACGACAUAAUACAACGCAAAUGCAACAUGAUACAAUGCAAUGCAAUGCAAUGCAAUUCCAAUUCCAAUUUAGUUUAUUAGUUGCACUGAGAUUUCUUGUUCGGAACGUUUACUUUUUAUUCAAGAAAUAGAAAACGAGUCGCGUGUGUUUAUGUUGUGAUAAUGCACGAGGGGAAUGUUGGGAGAAUACGAGAGAAGCGUAUGAAUACGAUAUCUCAAACUCAUUAAUAAUGCAUGAGUAAAUUAGCCAACCAUAUUGCUUUAUUUUGCUCACAUGAUAAUACUGGAUACCUGCAUGGUGAAGUAUAUUGUUGCAGUUCUAGGACUAGAUCAAAAUUAAUUCAGUCCUUGCACUGGGUCAAAAUUAAUUCACCUCACUUUGAGUAGUGAUUCAUUCGUAUGAGAUGUCAUUCCAAAUCCUCCAAUUCGGAUUGGAGUAGAUUUCAAGUCCUCAAAUUUUGAUCCAGUUUUCGGCUUUGCCUCAAACUGGAUCGAAUUGCGCGGACUUGAAUCUAGUCCAAUCCUCAUAGUCAGAUUUGAAAUAUUACGUAAAAGCUCAGGAUUCUAAUUAUGGUUUCAGUUAUCGAACAAAAGUCUAUCUGCACAUCAGUUCACAUGCAUGUCGUCGUUGUUGAAAUUAUUAGAAAAAACACUCAGCAAUCCGAUCUUAAAAGUACAAAUUUAAUAGUGCUUUUCUGUUGAGCUGGUGAGGAAAGCAUUUAUGUAUUAAAUACAUUAUUGGGUUCAAAAUUCCGUAAAGGAGUUUGCUCACUGGGCCACUUUUGGCACCAUCUUCCAAAAUAACGGUUUUAACUUAGUUGACAAAUCUGGCAAAAUAAUGUUUUUUAAAGCAGUGAAUUAUAUAGUACGAGUUAGGAACCAAAAUCUUGUAAUACACUAGCAUGGUGGUCUUGACAUCGCAGUAAAGGUGUAUUUUGAGAGUGUUGUAAUUUGUGUUUAGAGUCUCAAAAAAAUAAAGGGGAAGAGAAUGUUUGUCAGAUCAUGUGGCCAAGCCUUUACGUACCAUCGUUGAUGCAGGUAUGUCAUCUUUAGGAAUCAAAGUUGUAUUUUACUUAUUACUUAUAAUAAGAUUUAUCCGCUGACCGUGCAACCGCCCCUCGCUCACGAAAUUCUUCCACCCCUCAAAUGAACUUCAACUUCUAGUAGGAAAAGCACAUUUAUUUAAUAGACUAAUUUAUAUCUCUUUCUGAUCUUGAUGCUUCUAUUUGCUUGCAGUCGAGGUUUUGCGAAUUUGAUUUGAAAGAACUGUAUAGCUGUAUACUGCUGUACAGCUUCCACUUUUACACAAUUGAUUUACACAAUUUUUCUUACACUCUCGAGUUUCGUCUAGGGUCCACUUCACGAAAGAGUGCGCGCAAUAAACAACAUAGUAAUUGGUGCUGAUGCUGCUUUUGAUUUUGACAUGCUCAUUGCCAAGGUAUGGUGCUCGAGAACAUUUCUACCUAUCAUAUCAAGUCUAGUAAACCCAACUGCUUCUGGAAUGGCUUUCAGCCCCCCCCCGAAUCUUUUAAGAGAAUUGCACUGAUCGCCGUGAUCGGCCUAUUAAUAAUAAUAGUCCAUCCUAACUCACGGAUAGCAUACACUCACACAAGUCAUAAUGAAAGAAUUAAUGAAAGGACCUAACGAAAGAGGUAGAGAAGACUCUGGGAAUGCCAUUUCCGACCAUCUACAAAGACUCAAAAUUUUCCCGCUCGGCGCCAAGAUCCCGGCUUUAAUUACGUUUAGCAAGCUUCCUACAUCUCCGUUUGUUUACACUAACAGACUAUAGUACAUUGCGGUCAGUGCCUAAUUUUACAUAAUGUAUUUUACUAACUUUCCUAGGUUUCAAAUCCAAAUUUUGUCAUUUAUCUAUUGGUUGAUUCAAAAUAGUGUUAUCAAUGUUAUACUAAUUUAUAGUUUGUCUUUCUUUAAAAGGGACCCAACACAAAUACAAUAACACCUUGGCAUCAGGAUGAAUCGUACUGGCCAGAUAUGCCUGACAAAAGGGUGACAACUUGUUGGGUAUGUGCAUUACUUGCAUCAGCAUCCAUGUCCCAUAGCGUAAACAGCGGUUACACCUGGUAAUCAGGGUAUAUACUUCGUGUGACCCCUAUAAUAAUAUAUCAAGGCUAAUCCCUGAACCCCACCCCAACCCCAACCCCGCCCCUAAUCUCUAACCCCGAGUCAACGUACAAGGGAUAAUUUAAUCCAAUCACAACAUUGUCAAUCCAACAUUGUCAACAAUCUCAACACUGCAUUCCUGUUCUUGCUCAACGAACAUGUACAUGGGGCCUGGAUUCAGGGCUAUUUCAGAAGUUAUAUCUACAAUGACUUGAGUGUAUUUUCAGGAUCAGUUUCAUCAGCAAGGCAUGAGAAAGUCCGUCAGCAUGGCAGCAUGCUGACAGGAAAUUUUUUUAAUCUCACAGGAAAUUUUUAAGGGAAAGCAAGAUAUCAAGAAUGAAGCUCGAGAAAUUUCAAAAACCAGCACAACCUCGUACCCAGGGCUUCUGCGCUUAUUGCUCUCUGAGAGCAAUAAGCGUAGAAGCCCUGGGUACGAGGUUCGGAGGUUGAAAUCAGCAUUAAAGUCACCCUGGGACCUGGGUUUGAGGUUGCAUUAAAGUAACAAACAUCACAAUUAGAACAUAAAUACAACAAUCAUAACAUAAAAAAUUGUAUCAUGUGGCAGUGCCACGACUGUCUGUUAUCAUGAUUCAUGAUUAUGAUACAUGUGGAAAACAAGGGCGUACUACUAUUAUUGAAUAGUGCAUGCAUACUGAUAUAAAUUCAGAUUUACAAUCUGAAAACAAAAUUCGAAUAUUGUUUCAUAGAAUUCCUUCAUGUUCCUAAUUCUAGUAAACCUAUAUUUUUCUUAAUAUUGAGAUAGUAAGAUAGUUUAGUAUUUUUGUACAAGUGAACAUAACAAAUCCUACAUGUUGAUUGGUCAAAUCUACGUCGGCGAAUAUUCCCCGACUAAUCACCUCGCGUUCAGCGAAUAAUUAGGGAGUUUACGAUGUACGACGCGGUCAGCUCGACGACGUCGAGUCAAAUUAUGCUUGAAAUAAUCAACAGGAAUUUAACUAUACUGCUUUAAUUGUCUAAAGCAUGUUUUAAUAAUCUUACAAAUGUUUAAAUUUGACUAAACUACUCCGAUCUUUAGCUAAUGUUGUCAUUCUGUCAACGUUAUAAAACAGCUCCCAUGUCGCAACGAGCUUUCAUAUCGCUAGCUAGGAAGCCGUGAAAAUUACUCAUUUGACGGUGUCCCAAGAAUGGCAACGCUGUUGACAAAACAUUUGAAUUUACAAAUUAUUCAUCCCUUUUGUCUCGCAUGACGUGUUUCUUUGUCGUGCAAGCGCGUCGUCGAGCUGGCCGCGUCGUGAAUCGUAAACUCACUAUUGUUGAAUACACGACGCUGUUAUUGAAGUACAACCAAAAUUCAAAUUUAUAAAAAAAAUUGGCAGGAAAUUUUUGGUCUAGGAAGCUGCUACCAGGAAGAAAAGUAUUUUAUCAAGGCUUGUUCAUCAGGCCACCAUUUUUAAUCUUUACUGUAAGCAACCAACAUUUUUCUAGUCAUCGUUGCACGAUGUACACAAUUAUGUACUACAUUGUUUGUACCACUGACCUAAAGUACACUGGAUAGCAGGGGCGGCGGAACAGGGGGAGGCUAGGGGGCUAAAGCCCCCCAGAAGUAAAAGUGGGGGGGGGGGCUUAGCCCCCCCAGAAAAUUCUGUUUUUUCUGGAAAAAUUUAGGGUAUUUUUUUAAAAUUUAAGUAUAAGGGGAAAAAUUGGCUAUGUUUUGUUUAAAAAUAGUGUAUAUCCGGAAAAAAUUUUUGUUAUAGGUCCGGAAAAAAUUUUUUCGUCCCUUUUCCUGUAUAUGUCUGGAAAAAUUUUUGUACCUCUAAAAUGGUACACUGAUCGAAAUUUUUUUAGCCCCCCCCCCCCCAAAAUGAAAUCUGUUCCGCCGCCCCUGCUGGAUAGGGUUAUGAAGCAUAAUACGGCACCAAAUAUGCAGGGAACUUUCCUUAUUCCUUUUUAUCGUCGUAAUACUUUAAAAGUGCCAGGCAUCUCAGACUUUAAUUUCAUUUACAAAUAACUCAAGCUAAGCAAUAACUUUUAUUACUAUUAUGAGCUAUCUGUCACAUAUGUACUAACUUCUGAUUGAAGUUUAAAUGGUAAUUUUGUUAUUUCAGGUUGCUCUUGACGAUUCGACAUUAGAAAAUGGUUGUAUGUGGUUUGUCCCUGGUUCACACAAGUUACCUUUACGAGAACAUCACCCUGCAGGAAAGGGUGCGCACGUGCUGGAGUGUGUCUGUUCCGAGGUCAGCACGUGCUAAUAGCGAGGUUUAGCAAAGACGACGCGACGUCAAAGACGACGUGAAAAUGGCGUUAAAAUGGCGUGAUAUGCCCAUCUAUGGAUGUGCCCACGCCAUUUUUACGCCAUUCUCACGUCGUGUUUGACGUCGCGUCGUCUUUGCUAAACCUCGCUAAUAAUAAAACUAGCACCGGUUAUACCAAAGCCAGAUAGUGCGCUAAUGCGCUAUCCUCCACCGAACAGUGAUUUUUCAACCUUCGUAAAAAUGCCAAAAAGCUGUGAAACUACAUUAUUUGGACCUCACAAUAAAUAUGGAAGACUGUUUAAUUUAUAAUUAUACUAAACAUUAUUCUAGAUCUUGGUUCAACUAUUAAACGACCAAUUUUAAGGUUACAGGACACCAACCUCGUUCCCAGGCUCUUUGCUCUUGUGAAGCAAGGGUUGACAGGACACCCUUUUGUGGCUUUGUGCGUUUUGCGGAAAAUCGCUACUGCGUGCUCAAUAUCAGUCCGAUUUUCAUCAUAUUUUCACCAAAUGUUCGCCAGUGCAUGCAAAAUAUGGUAAAGAUGUAAAAUUGAUUAAAUCGCGGUACCUUUACGCUUUUGAGUUGUUUUCCUGCUGGUUUUAAGAUAUAUUUAUGAAAAUAUCAUUUUUUAAUAUACAGUAAAAUUGUUGUUCUAAAAAAUUGUGUUCGGAAAUUUUUGUUUAUUUCGUCAUUCCGCUGAUAUGACGAUUUCUUUGACGACUGCAAUAUAUUUCUGAAUCGUUUGAGUGAAUUGCUCCUUAUUAUUAAAAUAUCCAAAAUUAGAAAAAAGCCGAACACAAUUUUUAAACGUCUUUUAUAAUUAGCUAUGUCCUGUGAAAAUUUGAGAAAAAUUCGUUAAAACUCGCAGGAGAACAACUCGUUUGAAAAUCAGUAAUUGCCGUAAAUUCUUCGGGAGAAAAUUGAAUUUGAAUAUUAAUCAAACUGGCCAUGGGUCAGAUAGUAGAACCGGUCUGAUGCUUUCAUGGAAGCCAAUAAAAAAAUUUAGGCAAAAUUAACACUCAAAGGUGUUCUGUAUCCUUAAAUAAGUUAAAAGCACUACCCGCGUGCCUCGGUGGGUAGGUUUGGAUAAAUGGGUAUGUUUGCCCUGAUCGGGGGUGUGGAGAAUACUGUAUAAUUUGUAUGAUUGAAUAUAUCGUUGUCCCGUGCGUUACGUAAUUUGCGUGAAUGGAAAGUAACAGAUUACACAUGAAGAUCGAUCAUAACCCAAAAUGGAUUGUUCUCGCUAUUGAUGUCAUCACAUGUAGUUGUUAAAAUAUUAGUUGAUUUCAGCCAUUUAAGUUUAUUUACCAAAUUUUGUCAUUCUACUAUGUUAAUAUAUAUGACGUCAUAGUAUAUAUACCACGACAAAACAAUAUCUUUUCAAAAACCCAUGCCGUAGUUUUGGUCUGUGCAAGUGGAAAUUUGUUUUGCAGUGUCGAAUUAGAGUGUAACAACAGCAGUUACAAAUUACAAUGGACUCACAAAUCAAAUCUGGCUUGCUUGAAUGUUCAACUUACGCUGUGGAGGUGUGUCGUGUCUAAUUAGUUUUCUGUAGUUUCAUUUUGUUUUUCCUUUAGGAUGAAGGUGCACCGCAACCACUCAAACGCGGCUCGUGUACCUUUCAUAGCGGUCGAACUCUUCACUACAGUCGCGGGAACAGUACAGAUGGCUACAGACGGGCAUACAUUACAAACUACAGGCCUGAGGCUAUGAUACGAUGGGAGCGAGAACGAAAUUUUUCGCACGGGAAAGAGGUAACGAUUGAGCUAUAUUAAUGCAAGACCUUUGUUUGAUAAUAAUUAACUGACUUACAAUAUUAACCGCUUGGGAGAUUGAACGCUUUCACUACAGUCCAAUAUGGUCAUUAAUAGGUGAUGAUUCCCAUCACCAUGACAGAUACCAAUUAAAGACCAUCAACCUUCAUAAUCAUGUACCAGUGUCAGGGUAGCCUGUGUUCCAGUCCACUAUACAGUGUAGUGGACUGGAACACAGGCUAGUGUCAGGGCUGCUACGACGAGGAGCAACUGAUUGUCCGGCAAACACAAAAGGAUCCACAAGUUUAUUGGGGUGUGUGGGGCGUGGGGGGUGACGGCACAAAUUAAUUAAGCUGACCCCUCUCCGUUCAGCCCCCCCCCCCCAAUCUUGGAGUUAUUUUUCAUGUCGCCUCCUUCCCUUUCCCUACCUUCUUUUGAUACCCCUCCCUCCAAGCACCGCAAUAACGCUUACGAUUUUUCUUUGUGUUUUCCUCAUGAGUUAUUAAUGAUUUUUGAAUAAUGUUUAUCACAUCCUAACAAGUUAUUGCAACAACGUGAGAACAAUAAUUGUAUAGAUAUAGAGUUGCAACAUCUCAGUGGACAAUACUGAAGAGUGAUUGCUUCCAGAAAAUGUGAUAACAGUUAAAUCCUUAUUUUAGGGUGUUGAUGAGACUAAACGAGAGGACGUAGUUAUUGUUAGGAGACAUAAUGCCAAAUGAGGAAGACGAUGUUUGAAAAUAUAAAUUUUAGAAAUCCAAAUAAAGCCUGGAAUUAUAAUAUAGGAUAAUUAAAUUAUUAAUGAGUGGGAUUGUUGUCCUCGAUCUUUAACAAUGGGGAUCUGGUUUGUUAGUAACUUUUGUUUGGUGUGUAUUAUGCAUUCA